CUCGUGCCGUGGGCGUAAGAAAAAAUUAAACUGUCUAUGUUUGUUCGUUCGUUCGUUAAUUCGUUUGGCAAUAGCAACACUGAACUGACAGGACAGUCCUCCAUCUUUUUGUCACGAUGCCUCCUAAGAAUCAGCCCGAGAAAUCCGGGUCUUCCGGGUCGAAACCCGCUGAGAAGAAACCUGCUACUGGUAAAACGCCAGCGGCAGCGCCAAAAGCUGCGUCUACCACCAGCGCUAAGCCCGCAUCAGCUAAAACUCCAGCUCCAGCUCCCAAAGCGGCAGCAACCAAGGCUGCCGCUAAGCCUGCUGUGGCCAAGCCAGCUCCAGCUAAAGCGGCGUCAGCACCAGCUGCGGCAAAGCCUGCAGAGAAAAAAACAGCUGCACCUUCAGCCAAGCCUGGCUCAGCAAAGGCAGCCGCACUCAAGACAAAAUCUAGUGCUAAACCUUCAGUAAAGAAAGCUGCAUCCUCCGCCAAGCCAAAACCUAAGCCAGUUGCUGCCAAGUUGAAGAUUGCACCUAAACCCAAAAAAACUGGUAUCAAAGGACAGAAGAAACAGGUUGUCAAGCCUGUUGCAAAGGCUCUCAAGGCACAGAGAAAGGUUGUUAAAGGUGAACAUGGAAAGAGAAUCCGUAAGAUUCGCACUUCUGUGCAUUUCCGUAGGCCCAAAACUUUUGAGCCACCAAGACACCCUAAAUAUCCAAGAAAUUCUCUGCCCAAGAGGAAUCGCAUGGAUGCAUACAACAUCAUAAAGUAUCCUCUGACCUCUGAAGCUGCCAUGAAGAAAAUUGAGGACAAUAAUACUUUGGUAUUCAUUGUCCACACAAGCUCUAACAAGCACCACAUCAAGGCAGCCGUUAAGAAAUUGUAUGACAUCAACGUUGCUAAAGUCAAUACCCUAAUCAGGCCUGACGGUAAGAAGAAGGCGUACGUUCGUCUGACUAGGGACCAUGACGCGUUAGAUGUAGCCAACAAAAUUGGCAUCAUAUAAUCUGGACGGCUUUAUUUUAUAAGAAUAAAAAAUAUAUGAAAAUAA